GAGAAAACGAGGAAGCAGAAGAAAAGACCACAAAAAUACCCCAUUAUCAAAUUUUGAUUUGAAUCAGUCCCAAUUUCUCUUUCUACUCCCACUAGAAUUCGGAAUACCCCGCAAUCCCUAUUUAUGUAUGCUUUUCUAGAUGAGACUGUAGAAAUUUUUAUUUUUCCUCCAAAAGAAAAAGAAAAAGAAAAAGAAAGCAGAGGAUGCCGAGUGUAAAGGUGAAAAUUUACAGCGUUCUCAGCAAAUUCUACCUCAAGCGCCAAUUGCAGACUUUACUUGAGAGCUCCAUCUCGGAUUUGAACUCCUAUGGGGUCGUUUCACGGCCGGACGAGACUGUGGCCCCCGCCGUUCCUAGCUUCUCCGACACCGACGGCGUGGCCACCAAGAACCUUCACAUCGAUCCAUUAACGUCCUUGUCGUUGAGAAUUUUCCUGCCGGACUCCGCGAUUGUUUCCCCGAACUCUCUUCCCAAACUUAGGGUUAGGGUUUCGAGCAAAAGUAGAGUUGGUGUUAGUAAUGAGUCGGAAAACGGGGUUUAUGGAGGGUAUUUACCUGAUAAGAAUCGGAAGAAUUGUAAGAAAUUGCCGGUCAUUGUGCAGUUCCAUGGAGGGGGCUGGGUGAGUGGGGGGAUUGAUACGGUGGCAAACGAUACGUUUUGUCGGCGGAUGGCGAAACUGUGUGAUGCUGUGGUUGUUUCGGUAGGGUAUAGAUUAGCGCCCGAGAGUAAGUAUCCGGCAGCCUUUGAGGAUGGGUUGAAGGUCUUGAAGUGGUUGGCAGAGCAGGCAAAUUUGGCAGAGUGUAAUCAGUCAUUUGAGAACGGGAAAUUUAGUGGCUUUCACGGAGAGGGAGGUGGCAGGAGGCGGCAAAUUGUUGAUGGAUUUGGGUCCUUGAUAGUUGAGCCGUGGCUGGCAGCUCACGGGGACCCUUCUAGAUGUGUCCUCCUUGGAGUUAGCUGUGGUGCCAAUAUUGCAAACUAUGUUGCUCAAAAAGCUGUUGAGGCUGGCAAGCUUUUGGAUCCCGUAAAAGUUGUUGCACAAGUCCUUAUGUACCCUUUUUUCACUGGAAACAUUCCAACAAAGUCUGAGAUUAAGCUGGCAAAUUCUUACCUGUAUGACAAAGCUAUGUCCAUGCUUGCAUGGAAACUCUUUCUACCAGAAGAAGGAUUUAAUCUGGACCAUCCAGCUGCCAACCCUCUCUCUACCUGGGGAUUGGUUCCCCUUAAAUACAUGCCUCCAACGCUCACCGUUGUUGCAGAACAUGACUUGAUGCGAGAUCGGGCAAUUGCAUACUCGCAGGAACUUCGAAAGGUCAACGUAGAUGCCCCCCUUCUCGAUUACAAGGAUGCUGUGCAUGAGUUUGCCACUCUUGAUUUACUUCUUGGGACGCCUGAAGCCCAGGCUUGUUCAGAGGACAUAGCCAUAUGGAUGAAGAAGUAUAUAUCACUGCGAGGGCAUGAGUUCUCUUAUUAACAUCCUCUAGACCGUAAGGAAUCAUCGUUGUCAAGAGCAGACUGGUGGACUACUGCUGUUAACGUGCUUGUAGCAAAUUCUGCUCUUUUCACCCUACAAUGAUGGUAGGGAGAAAAUUAAUAGGAAAGCAAAAGAGCUGGUGGAGCUGUAUAAUGGACAUGCCAAGUUAACCUCUGGGAAUGAGCUAGUUACGGAAGGGAGGAAGAUAUCCAUAUUAUCUUGGCUGGCAACUUGAGGUUGUACAUUAUUCUAUCUGCUCUUAUUCUUUUAGUCUUGUUGUUGUAUGCUGGAAAUAGGUGUCAUUGGACGCUGAGAUUAUUUUUCUCGAUAUCCAAGGUAGCUUACUUGUCGUUUAAUGAUGAUCCGAUAACAAAAUGCCCGUGUACAGGAACAAGGGCAUUACAUAUAUGUAAAUUAAUAGAAAAGGGGCCUAAUUUGUCCUCUCCUGUUUGAUCA